AUGGUUGGAAAUACGGUGGACGGCAUAGGGGUGAACUGGGGAACUCAGGCCAGCCACCCUCUGCCGCCGCGAGCCGUGGUGAAGCUGCUCAAGGACAAUGGGAUACAGAAAGUGAAGCUGUUUGAUGCAGAUGAUGGGGCUUUGAGGGCACUUAGUGGGUCAGGGAUUGAGGUCAUGGUUGGGAUUCCAAAUGAUAUGUUGGCCACAAUUGCUCAUGACAUGAGUGCUGCUGAGAGAUGGGUUGAGAACAAUGUUUCUGCACAUAUAUCUUCUCACAGUGUUGAUAUCAGGUACGUAGCGGUCGGGAACGAGCCCUUCCUGUCAACCUACAACGGGACAUUCGAAAACACGACCUUCCCUGCCCUGCAAAACAUCCAGGCAGCCCUCGUCAAGGCCGGCCUCGGCAACCGUGUCCACGCCACCGUCCCCCUCAACGCCGACGUCUACCAGAGCACAUCUCAGCUCCCCUCCUCGGGCGACUUCCGCUCGGACAUCCGCACCCUCAUUCUCCAAAUCGUAACCUUCCUCAACCAGAACGCCUCCCCCUUCACCGUCAACAUCUACCCCUUCAUCAGCCUCUACAACGACCCCGCAUUCCCCCUUGACUAUGCCUUCUUCGACGGCUACUCGUCUCCCAUCGUCGACGGGCCUCACACCUACACCAACGUCUUCGACGCCAACUACGACACCCUCGUGUGGGCCCUACACACCAACGGCUUCCCCAACAUGACGAUCAUCGUGGGUGAGGUCGGAUGGCCCACCGACGGGGACCGAAACGCAAACCCCGGGUACGCCCAGAGGUUCAACCAGGGUUUCUUGUCCCGUGUCAACCGGGGGACUCCUAUGAGGCCGGGACCUAUUGAUGCAUACCUUUUCAGCCUUGUGGAUGAGGACGCCAAGAGCAUCCAGCCGGGGAACUUCGAGCGCCACUGGGGGAUUUUUUAUUACGACGGUACUCCAAAGUACAAUCUCAGCCUCGGCCCGGGUGGUGGUGCGGUGGUGGCGGCACAGGGAGUUCGCCGCCUGCCGAGGCAGUGGUGCGUGAUGGCUGGUGAGGCGAGCCUGGACGACCCGCAUGUGGCCAACAGUGUAGGCUACGCGUGCGGUCACGCAGACUGCACGAGCCUCGGGAACGGGAGCUCGUGCGGGGGGCUGGACGCCCGGGGGAAUAUCCCGUACGCUUUCAAUUCCUACUACCAGAUUCAGGACCAGCGGGAGGAUGCGUGCAGGUUUGCGAACCUUUCGGUGGUCACCACACGAGACCCAUCAGCCGGGACCUGCAGGUUUGAGAUCAUGAUCGACACGCGGGGCGGGGAGAGCGGUGGGGUCGAGUGGGGCUCUCCUGGGCUGGCGGUUCGGGUGCUUGUGUUGUUGUUGGUCCUUUUCGUGUACUGCGACAAAGGGUUCGUUUUUUUUGCCUGUAUAUAA